AUGGAAACACAAGUGAUCUACUCCUCACUCGCCCUCCUCCUCCUAUUCCUACUAACCCUACUCCUCUCGGCCCGCCGACGUUCCCGGCCUGGCCCGAACCUCCCCCCGAGCCCCCCCGGCUCCCUCCCCCUCAUCGGCCACGUCCACCUCCUCAAAACCCUCGUCCACCGCACCCUCCACGACCUCGCCCGAGACGUGGGCCCCAUUUUCACCCUCCGCUUCGGCCGCCGCCCUGUCGUCGUCGUCUCCUCCGCCGCCCUGGCGGCCGAGUGCUUCGACCGCCACGACCUCAUCCUCGCAACCCGGCCCGAGGCCUCCGUCGACCGCAACUCACUCGGCUUCGGGCCAACCACCGUCAUCGGAGCCCCGUACGGGCCCCACUGGCGAGGCCUGCGAAGGCUCUGCGACCUUGAAGUGUUCGGCACGACCCGACUUGCGUCGUUCUUCCCGACGCGGGCCGACGAGCGCGACCGUAUGGUCUCGGGCCUUUACCGCCGGGCCGUCGGGACAGGCCGGGCGGCCGAGGUCGACGUGGAGGCCGUGAUCGUGGAGUUGACUUUCAACAACAUAAUGAGGAUGGUGGCCGGGAAGAGGUACUACGGGGAGGAGGCGGAGGAUGACGAGGAGGCCAAGACGUUCCGGGAUUUGACAAAGGAGGCCCUCGAGUUGACCAGUGCGGCCAACCCGGGAGAGAUUUUCCCCAUCCUGAACUGGCUCGGUUUGAAUGGGCUCGAGAGGAAGUUGGCGAGUCAUGCCCGCAAAACGGACGACUUCAUGCGCGGUUUGCUCGACCAACACAGGCGGGCACGUGGAGGAGAUACGAUGGUCGACCGUCUGCUAGCGAUGCAGGAAAAGGAGCCCGAUUACUACACGGACGAACUUAUUACUGGCCUCAUAGUUGCGCUGAUAAUUGCGGGGACGGAUGCAUCCGUAGUAACAACCGAAUGGGUCAUGACCCUUCUACUGAACAACCCGGAAGUAAUGGAGAAGGUCAGGCAAGAGCUCGACACCCACGUGGGCUCUGACCGAAUGGUCGAAGAACACGACCUCCCCAAUCUCCGCUAUCUGCACUACGUAGUCAUGGAGACUCUGAGGCUGUACCCUUCCGUCCCGAUGCUGGUCCCGCACGCCCCGUCUCGGGACUGCGAAAUCGGGGGUUACACUGUUCCCAAGGGCACUAUGGUUUUGGUCAACGCAUGGUCAAUCCACAGGGACCCCGCCACGUGGGACGACCCGUUGGCCUUCAAGCCCGAAAGAUUUGAGAAAUUGGAGGUGGAGAAUCACAAGCUUUUGCCGUUUGGGAUGGGGAGGAGGGCCUGCCCGGGGGCAGGACUGGCGCAAAAGUUCGUGGGAUUGGCCGUCGGGUCGUUAAUCCAGUGCUUCGAGUGGGAGAGGCCCGGCCCGGAGAAAAUCGACAUGGCGGAAGGUUCCGGAACAACUCUGCCUAAGGCCGAGCCGCUCGUGGCCGUUUGCAAGCCGAGGAGCGACAUGGAGAAGGUCUUGAAACGCAUUUCCUACAGUAGUAUAUGA